UCCCCCCUUCGAUUCUCUCGCCCCCGACUGUUUCUCCUCCCAUCGCCGCACGAACGGCAAAAAUCAAGGUAGGGCCACUGCCCUACCUUGCCCUACUGGGUCCUCCACCCGUGGGGCCUGCGGCUGCCAGCGCCAACGGCGAGAUGGCCGUCGGCGGGGAGACGAAGAAGGCGCCCACGGCAGCACCGACGCCAACGACGGGCGCCUCCAUGAUGGAACAACUCGUGCCCGAGAUCACCACCCACGCGCUCAGCUACCUCGACUGUCUCAGCCUCUGCCGCCUCUCCAUGACAAACUCAGCUAUGCGUCGCGCUGCCAACGACGACGGACCUUGGAAAGAGCUCUAUCGCAAGGAUUUUACAACUGAGCAGGAUAAUAUAACUCCCCCUAACGGAUGGAAGGCAUACUAUGCAGCUACAAAGGCCAUCAUUAAUGUGAAUGCCGAGUUCUAUAAUAUCAUCAGGGAGGGGUCGUUGCCAGCAAUGAGUCAGUUCUGGCUUAAUGCAGAUUAUGUGAAGUGCAUCCAUGGUACCGGAGAACUUUUUACAGGAUACAAUGCAGUGAUGGAGAGCUGGGGUUUGCUAUUCAACUGGGGCCAAGCUGGAGGCCAGGGCACCGAUUUUCAGCUAAGGGAUGUCAGAGUCCGUGUGCUUGCUGACGUGGCCUGGGUUAACAUGAAGAUGCAUGUUAAUGUUGACCCAGGGCUAUUCCAUGUGACCAAUAUAUAUGAGUUCGGUAACGGCAGGUGGUAUAUGGUUCAUCACCAUAGAUCACGCAUGGCUGAUGCUGCGCCACAUAAUAUGUUUGGCUGAAGGACUCCGCGUUUAAUUGCCGAUGAAAGAAAAAGGGAACCCGGUGAAGCAGGCCGGAGGCCCGGAACAAGACGACUCCGCGAGAAAUUGAUAGAGACAAGUGGAUUAGCUUGGGUCAUCUUCAAUGUCGCCCCGCGGCAAUCAGUAGGGAAACGAAUGGGAUCGAUCGAUUUCAUCACAAAACCUAAUGUGAGAAGCGGAUGGUUCAGAGUCCUAAUUAACACGUCUGAAUGUUUUCCGAACGACGGUCAUUUUUUAGAAACUUCUCCGAACCAUGGUUGUGUAUACGCCGAUAAACACGUUGAAGUUUUGUUUGUAGCAAAAAAAGAAGAAAAAGCGCAUGUUCAAGUUUUC